AUUUAUUUACUGAAUCUUCUGGAGAUAUAACAAAUAAAAGUGUUGUCAAUAAAUGUACUAUACUAUAUUUUAUGAAGAACUGUGUUCCCUUAUAGUGCUAGACCUGUACGAACAUAAUUUUAGGUGUUUGACCACUGAGUAACACCAACAUAAAAACUGCAUAUGUAAAUACCAUAUGUAUAUACAUUUGUAAAUCAUAUACAACAAUCAAGCAUAAAUCGUUCAGAAAUCAUUAACAUACAAAUUGAAUUAUACAACAUGACGCACGACCACAGCGAUGUUCCGCUGUACAAAGUGCGGAACCAAGACAUGGCCAGUGAUCGACUGAGAGGUCAACGUGAAGCCAUUUUGCUCGAAACAAACUUUGAAGAUGAUGGUGUGAUGACCCGUGCUCACAGCAAUAGUGUAUAUAACGGGUUCAGCAUGCAGAAUAGACGACGCAGCUUGUAUCGUUCGGACCACUCCCUGGAAAGGUAUACAGACCUCGUCAGUAAAGGUGACUAUAUGCAGUCAUGCAUGGCGCGGAUUCCGUAUGCUACUUUGAUAGCUACACUUAUGUGUGUACUUGGUGUAGGCAUUUUUUGUGGGACUAUGUAUCGCGGCGCUUCACUAACAGUGAUAAUGAUGGAUCAAGUAUUUCAUCUACGACUUAUAUGGAUCGAAGCUGUGCAGAUGAUAUUUAUUAUAAUUGCUGUCGGAAUGGCUGCUCUUGGCUUUAUGAUACUUUUUGUUGGGUUUCUAGCUACGGGAGCUACACGUUAUAAAGUCUACAGAGCUUGGCGAUCUAGAGUAGGAGGACGUAUAUCGUGUGCUGUACUUAUGGGCAUUACAUACUUUCUCAACUUUAUCUGGACUCUCAUCUUAUGUUUUCUGGUUAUUGUGACUUUUACUUACACAUGCUUCUGGAACAUGUGUUCAAGUGUGGAGCAUUCGCUAAGCUGCAUUGACUUAACACAAUUUCAUUUUAUGUUUCCACCGAAUACAAAACUGGAGGACAUGAAAAUAUGCGAGAAGUACGAAAUAAAAGCAUUUUGCAAAGAUGGUGUUGAGAAUGCUGAAGUUAUGUUUAUUUUGGCUACCCUCUCAAGUUUGCUGGUAAUACUCAGCCUUGUGCAUUACCUCAUGUGUCUUUCUGCUAACUACGCACAUAUACGAGACCAUGAGAAGUUCCAGGAGCUACAGGAUAUUCAAAAUUUGAACGAGCUUGAAUAUUGUGCUACAUCGAAAGAUCGGUUUUAAAAAACAAUCAUUUCUUUAAUUGUACCGUAAAUAAAAUAUUAUUACCAUAA